AUGGUGAGCUCAAACGACGUAUUGGAAGAAUUACAGCGGUACAAGGAGCAGACCAAGGUGGAUGGUGAGACCCUGGUACGAACGGUCUUUCCCAAACGCGUGUUUGAAAUGCGGGAGCUCCUUGCCUCGAAACUCUUCAACUUCGAACCCGCCAGCGUCUACCAGAAAGUCAAUUUACCCGUGCCUCUGACUGGGGAACAGAAUGGUGUCCCGGCAGCAGGGAUGGGUAUGCAUCCAGAUGGUGAUAAUACGAUGCAGAAACCUCUCACUGGGUCGCCCGUCUUUGCUUUCCCCGGUGGAGUGGUAUCGCACAACACUCACAUUAAAGCCAUGAUUGAAGCAAGUAUACAGUUCAUCAUUCCACCUUAUAUGAUAGAAUUGCUUGGGGCGACGAAACCCCAUCUGACACAGCUUAUGGUGGAAGCCCAGCUCGUGCGGAUGUGGAUCCAAUUCAACGUACCGCGCAUCGAAGAUGGCAAUAACUUCGGCGUGAGCAUUCAGGAAGAUGUGCUCUCCGAGGUUUCGGGUAUCGAGCGCGAUGCUCUCACCUUUCUGGACCAGUUUACUAGGUACUACGCCUCACGCGGUAAGCUGGUGGGGAAGGCGGCCAAAUUUCCGCACAUCGACGACUAUCGCGAGUGCAUCCGCGACAUGGACGAGAAACAGGCCAUCUCCAUGCGCUACGUCAUCAUGGAGAUUCGCAAUCACUACGCAGUCCUGCACGAUUUGAUAGUGAAAAACCUGGAUCGAAUCAAGGUGCCGCGUUCCAAUAACACAAUGACCAUGUACUAG